CUGUGCCGGUGGCAGCUGUCAUUUGUCAUUAAUCUCGUUUGUUUACUAGUUGGAGUUACAUGAACUAUUCUGGCCAAUAUUUCUAUAAAUAUAAAUAAACCAAAAUGGAUUAUGACUUUAAAAUGAAAACGCAAGCGGAAAGGACUAAGGUGGAAGACUUAUUCAUCUAUGAAGGUUGUAAAGUCGGACGCGGUACUUACGGUCAUGUUUACAAAGCGCGACGGAAAGAAGGAGGUGACAAAGAGUACGCCUUAAAGCAGAUAGACGGGACGGGUUUGUCUAUGUCGGCUUGUCGGGAAAUAGCUCUGCUGCGCGAACUGAAACACCCCAACGUCAUCAAUUUGAUUCGGGUCUUCCUCUCGCAUAAUGACCGCAAGGUGUUUCUCCUUAUUGACUAUGCCGAGCACGAUUUGUGGCACAUCAUUAAAUUCCAUAGAGCGGCUAAAGCUGUGAAGAAACCCGUAGGAGUGCCAAAGGGAAUGGUUAAAAGCCUUCUUUACCAGAUAUUGGACGGAAUCCACUACCUGCACAGUAAUUGGGUACUUCACAGGGAUUUGAAACCUGCAAACAUACUUGUGAUGGGCGAUGGAAAUGAGCGAGGUCGAGUGAAAAUCGCAGACAUGGGGUUUGCGCGAUUAUUCAAUGCGCCCCUGAAACCAUUGGCAGAUUUGGAUCCCGUGGUUGUAACGUUCUGGUAUCGUGCUCCAGAGCUUCUGCUGGGCGCUCGGCAUUACACAAAGGCCAUUGACAUUUGGGCUAUUGGAUGCAUUUUCGCAGAGUUGCUGACGUCAGAACCAAUUUUCCACUGUAGACAAGAAGACAUCAAGACUAGCAACCCCUAUCACCAGGAACAGUUGGAUAGGAUAUUCAAUGUGAUGGGAUUUCCUCAGGAUAAAGAUUGGGAGGACAUAAGGAAGAUGCCAGAGCACCACACUCUCGUAAAGGAUUUCAAAAGAACAAAUUAUGCCAGUUGCUCAUUAGCCAAAUAUAUGGACCGGCAUAAAAUCAAGCCAGAUAGCAAAGCGUUUUUAUUGUUACAAAAAUUAUUAUUGAUGGAUCCAAACAAGCGAAUAACUUCAGAGCAAGCCAUGCAGGAUCCGUACUUUACAGAAGAGCCCCUACCCACACAAGAUGUUUUCGCUGGCUGCCCCAUUCCAUAUCCAAAGAGAGAGUUUUUGACUGACGACGAUCAAGAAGAUAAGUCGGAUAACAAACAACGCCAGAAUCAACAACAAAAUAUGCCACAACAGAAUCAACAACAAUCGAGUCAACAUCACGAGGGACCAAAUAAUAAACGUGUUCGGCUGUCAGGCCCCACAGGACAUCCACAACAACAAGGCCAAAUGAACCAAAAUCAAGAAUUUCAUCACCAGCAAUCUCAACAACAAAUGAUGUUCAAUAAUACCCAGCAGCAACAAAAUAGUUUCCAACGCUUCUAGCAGUGAUAUAACUUUGGUGGGUUACGGAUGACAAUGUAAGAGUUUAUAUUUAGUUUAAUAUUAGUAAUCGAUUUGCAAAUAAAACCUUUUAAUCUGAA